CACGCGCAUGCGUCUCACUUUACUCCUCAGCCUUUGAAAACUCGCACAGAGAGCUCAAUUAAAAGACCAUGUCCGCCAUCGGGCGUCUGCAGUCCUCGGUGUCCUUAUUUAAACCAAAUUCUCCAUGAAAUAGCAUUAUCCCGUGGCCUCAACAAUGGCCAGUUCGGGUGCAGUUCAGGUGAAACUGGAACUCGGUCAUCGCGCUCAGGUCCGAAAGAAACCCACCGUGGAAGGUUUUACGCACGACUGGAUGGUGUUUGUCCGUGGACCCGAACACAGCAACAUUCAGCAUUUCGUGGAGAAAGUAGUAUUUCAUCUACACGAAAGUUUUCCGAGACCAAAAAGAGUGUGUAAGGACCCACCAUACAAAGUAGAAGAGUCUGGAUACGCUGGCUUUAUCUUGCCAAUUGAAGUUUACUUUAAAAAUAAGGAAGAACCAAAAAAAGUGCGAUUUGACUACGAUUUGUUUCUGCACUUGGAGGGCCACCCACCUGUCAAUCACCUGCGUUGUGAAAAGCUCACUUUCAACAACCCUACUGAAGAUUUCCGCAGGAAGCUGCUCAAGGCCGGAGGGCAACGCGAUCCUAACAAAAGAACUUCGGAAGACUCAAAGGUAAUGGUAAUGCAGGAGGGCUCCACUUCCCUGUUCGGACAGCAUCUGAAGCUGCCUACGUUAGCCAGCAGCUCAUUAACAUUGACCUUCUCUGAUGUGAAAAAGAGCAAGUCCUUUCCAGGGUCAAAGGAUGGGUCCAAAAGCGGCAGCGCUCUUACUACAGCCAACAAUAUUAGCAGCGGCUCCCUGAAGCUCCAUAAACCGUCCAAGGAACAUAAGGACAAGCCUUCCAAAGACUCUAAGGAGUCCAAAAGUGCCUUCAGAGAUUUCAGUAAGGACUCUGGAAAACUCUCUAAAGAUUCCAAAAAACCCAAAGAGAAUCAACCUCUUCAGGAAGAUCGCGCCAUUCCACAAAUGGGAUUCAAGGAGCCCAAAGCCACGUCGAAGGAGCAGCGAUCAUCGGAGGUUAACUUCUCAAGCUUGGGACAUAGUAAGCGGCGUCCGAUCUUGGACGGUGAGGGCCACGUUACCAAAAAACGGAAAAGCAGUUUAUCGGAGAGCUCUCAAAAACCGCAAGCUAAUUUGCUCCAGCACCACCAUUCGGAUAAAAAGGUUUUGAAAGACAAACCGCAGAUCCGUCAUAAUAAGUUACAAAAUAGCGAACUUUCAGAGAAGAGAAAAUCAUCAGCGUUACCUCCUUUACAGGAUGUGUUGAACCCAAAUGACUCUGACAUGGAUGACAACACGUUCACCAGAUCAGACUCGGACCAGCCCAGCCCGGCCAGCUCCAGUUCCAGUAAUAGCUCCGGAUUUGGACGUGGACACAAGCGGCAAGUGUUGGGUCCUUUACGGACGGUAAUCCCAGAUUUGCACUCGGAUGAAAACGAAGAUGAAUCGGAAGAGGACGACGAUAAUGAUUUGGACUCGGACGUGGAGCGACCAUUGCAUACGCAAAUGACACAUCGUCAUCGCAGGGUGAGUUUAAGUGAUGGCAGUGACAGUGAAAAUAGCUCCGCCUCUUCACCACUCCCCCAUAAUGAACCCACAAACCUAAUGAAGACCAAUAAUCAGAUACUUGAAGUAAAGAGUCCUAUGAAGAAGGUGGACAAAAAUAAAAACAUUGAUUGUGACAAGGCUUAUCUGGAUGAGCUGGUUGAGCUUCACAGAAGACUAAUGGCACUAAGAGAGAGGCACGUAUUACAGCAGAUUGUAAACCUUAUUGAAGAAACUGGACACUUUCACAUCACAAACACUACCUUUGACUUUGACCUCUGCUCUCUGGACAAAACCACGGUUCGAAAGCUGCAAAGCUACCUGGAAAUGUCCGGAUCAUCUUGAAGACUUGUGCAGCUGGCUGCCAUGAAGGGGAAAAAAUCUUGUGUUUCUCCAACCUCAAUUUUUCCUAUUGAACAGGAACUCAUGAGGCAAUGGAAGGGAUCCCAUUUCUCAUUGUCCCUCUGUAUGCUUGAGAAUUUGACAACACAUUUAACAUGAGUCUGGAGGUUUACCAGGAUUUCACCCAAAAGCCUUGAUAAUCCAACAUUGCCAAAAAAUGUUUUUGCUCCAAAACAAAUCACAGUUGUGUAUAUUGUUACUACAGUAUGUAUGAAUGUUUUUUUUGUGACGAAUGCAUGUUUCAAUACUGCCUUACCAUAAUGUCUAUUUAUUGAGUAUGAGUUUCAAGUGUGUGAGUGUUUGUCUGUCUGUGUGUGUAAGAGCAAAUGAUAUUAAACUUGUGCAAGCACUUGGGAACAAUCAUCUCAUUGACGCUGUAUGGUAAUGAAACUCAGUUUGUCUCAAAACUAUUUCAUUUACUGAUUUUUAUGCCUUUUAUCUUGGCGCAUUGUUUUUCACCUUUAAUGCUGUACGUUGACAAAUUAAUAUUUUGUAGAAAAGUGUAAACUGAGAUUGACUUUCUUCCCUAUUUAAUGAAUUGCAGCUUAUCAGAAUAUUAUUGCUAAUCAAUAUCAACAGUAAAAUAUUGACCUUCCAAUAAUAUUAUGAGGGUUUACAAUGUACCUCAUGAAAGAAGGCAAAGCGAAAGCCAGUGACCUCUUACACAAAUGUUUCAAGACAAAAGUGAUUUCAAUGAAAGUGUGCUGUAAAUUCUGAUGUUAUUUAUAUUUGUCUAGGGACCUCAGUUCUUAAGGUUGUAUAUUACGUUGUCCCCAAGUCAAUGAGAGCUAUCUUAAUUAUAGCUUGGAAAUCAAAAAGUAGUAAAAAAGUAAAAGUUUA